CUGGACUGUUCUCACGAUGCCGAGCCGGGUCCAAAAAUUUGCGGCUCGACUUCGGCAGCGGCGUCCCUUCGGUCACUUCACAAGUCACUUCAGCGCCCAUCGUCCGCUAUCUCCGGCACUUCAUCCACUCACUGUCACUGUAUUUCUCCAUACUCAACCCUCACUCAUUACCUCUACCUAGCUCCACCGGAUUGGAUGAGAUGGGAUGCGAAUGAGAGUGAAACGUAUCAUCCCAUAAUAGCCGACUAAUACCUCACUCAUCCUUCCUUUCGUUGUUCUUUUCAACUACGUCAUUGGUCUUGUCACAAUCCGUUCAAAAUAUGAGGUUCACCGACUUGCUCGUAGACCUGGCCGCCGUGGCUAGUGCCUCCCGCUCCGUUGCCGGCAAACACGUUGCACUCCGGGCCAGCCAGAUCGACAGAUACAGUAAGACGAGUAGUAUUGCCAACAUUGCCAAGGAUCUUGGGAAGAGCAAGCAACAGCAGCAGCAGCAACAUUACCAACAACAGACACCGGAGGCACAACAGCAGGAGCAGAGACAGCAGGAUGUGGUUCAAAGUCAAAGUCAACAAACAGAACAGGGGGUGCGGGUUGAGGAGGUUAAGGUGAAGGAAGAGGUGCCGGUUCAGCAACAUUCAGCGCCGGUUGCUGCUCAGCCCGAGAUUCCCCCAUCACCACCGGUAUCCGAGGCCAAGGCGACUGCCGCUGCGCCAGAGUCUCAGAAGUCGGCACCCAAGCCAUUCACUCCUGCGCCAUGGGCAGACAGGAAACCCCUUCCGCAACCCAGCCCCUUCCCCAAGCCACCAAGAAUCGGCGCCAAGAGCAUAAUACCGGGAAUACCAGCCGACCUGGCAGCGCUCAAGGGCGGGGCCAAUGUUGGAGAGGCCGAUGUCGAUCUCAGCAGCAUUUUCAUGACGGACAAGGGUUCCAAGAUUUUGGAGGAGUUAAACAAGGAGCCUACGGUUCCCGCUGUUGAGGCCACCCCUAAGCCGGUUCCUGCCGUUGUUCCGGAACCUAAGACGACCGAGGUUGAGGUCAAGGCAGAGGAGGAAGUCCAGGUCACUCAGAAACCAGUAGAGCAGGAAUCAGUCCAGGAGGCUGUUGAAGAGGUCGAACAGCCCAAAGUGGAAGAGAAGUCAACUCCGGUCCCGGAAACCCCGGCGAGCACGCCAGCUCCUCCCCCGGCUGCCGUAAAGGCUACACCACAAGAAACAAAGACAACCAACCUAUCGCAAGAGGAUGCAGACUUGGUUGCCGAGCUUACAGGGUCACCUCUCCCAGCCUCUACCCGCCAUGAACUCCGCGAGUCCAAGGUGCCCGCCUCCCGCAUCAGCAGACUCUGGAACUACGGCGGACUCGCCGCCGGCAUGAUGGCCGGCGCCAUCGGCGAAGGUUUCAGCCGAGCCAUCGGCGGCGGCAGCUCCGGUUCCGUCAUGCUCAGCCCGGGCAACGUCGAGCGGCUGGUCUCCCGUCUUUCCCGCAUGCGCGGCGCCGCCCUCAAGCUAGGCCAGAUGAUGUCGAUCCAAGACUCCAAGAUGCUCCCGCCGACGAUCCAGGAGGUCUUCCAGCGGGUGCAGGACCGGGCCGACUACAUGCCGGCCUGGCAGCGCGACCGGGUUCUGGUCUCCAACCUCGGCGCCGACUGGCGCUCCUUGUUUUCCGAGUUCGAAGAGAAACCCAUCGCGGCCGCCUCCAUCGGCCAGGUCCACCGCGCCACGCUCAAGUCCAACGGCGCCCGCGUCGCCGUCAAGAUCCAGUUCCCCGGCGUCGCAGACUCCAUCAACUCGGACCUCGACAACCUCGCCAUCCUGCUGGCCGCCACCAAGCUUCUCCCAAAAGGCUUGUAUCUGAACAAGACCAUCGACAACGCGCGCACCGAGCUGGCGUGGGAGUGCGAUUAUCUGAGGGAAGCCGAGUGCGGCGCCCGUUAUCGGGAACUCCUCGCCGCCGGCGGGCAAGAAGACAAGGUCUUCGCCGUCCCGCACAUUUACCCGGAAGCCUCGGGCAAGCAAGUCCUCACCAUGGAGUGGAUGGACGGCGUGGGCGUCACGCGCGUCAAGGACUUUUCGCAGGAACAUAAGGACUGGAUCGGCACCCAGAUCCUCCGGCUCUGCCUGCGCGAGAUCACCGAGUUCAAGUUCAUGCAGACGGAUCCCAACUGGACCAAUUUCUUGUACAACCCUGCCAUGAACCGGCUGGAGCUGCUCGAUUUCGGCGCUAGCCGAGAAUACCCGGAGGAAUUCAUCUCGCUUUAUGUCCGCCUCCUGGAGGCGGCUUCGCGGGGUGAUCGCCCCGCGGUGAAAUCCCUUUCGGAAGAGCUGGGGUAUCUGACGGGCCAUGAGAGUAGAGCCAUGUUGGAGGCGCAUAUUACUAGUGUUGUUACGCUGGCUGAGCCGUUCCUGCAGAGUGCGCCCGAGGUGUAUGACUUUAGGGAUCAGACGAUUACGGAGAGGGUGAAGGAGCAGAUCCCCGUCAUGAUUCAUGAACGGUUGGCGCCGCCGCCGGAGGAGACGUAUAGUUUGCAUAGGAAGCUCAGUGGGGCGUUUUUGUUGUGUGCGAGGUUGGGGAGUAGGGUCAGGUGUAGGGAGAUGUUUGAGAAGGCGUUGGAGAAGACGGAGUAUUUUGGGGGGAAGUAGGGAGUGAGUGAGGUGUAUGAUAUAUGUAGUGGGUGGGAGUUUGGUGGGGAUAGAUUUGGUGGGUUACCUUAGACAAGAGUUUCUAAAGUGUUUCUUUCUUCUUCCAUGUAUGUACAUCUCGGCCACAUGUUCCUUGUUAGAGGGAAUCUACCGAGCACUAUCACAUCAAAAAGCAUAGCCAGCACCUGUGGGGUGAUUUGUACAAUAGAUAGAUGUAAAUAUUACCAUCCCCAAAUUUUUGCAAGCCCUUUUUACCUGACCAUGACAUGUCCCAACAAGAAUACAUACCUCUUCGGAGGCCCCAGUAACCUUAAAAUAACACCCCCGAGAAAUCCACCC